AUGGCCACAGCAACGGCAACGGCAGCAACGUCCUCCUUCAUGGGGACGCGCCUCCUGGACGCGCAUUCCGCCUCGGGGAGGGUCCAGGCUCGCUUCGGGUUCGGCUCCAAGAAGAAGGUGGCGCCCAAGAAGGUGUCGAAGGGCUCCGGCUCGGGCUCCGACAGGCCGCUGUGGUACCCCGGCGCGAAGGCCCCCGAGUGGCUUGACGGGAGCCUGGUCGGGGACUACGGGUUCGACCCCUUCGGGCUCGGGAAGCCCGCGGAGUAUUUGCAGUUUGAGCUGGACUCCCUGGACCAGAACCUGGCGAAGAACGAGGCCGGGGUCAUCAUCGGCACGAGGACUGAGACUGCUGACGUGAAGUCCACGCCGUUCCAACCCUACAGCGAGGUCUUCGGACUCCAGAGGUUCCGCGAGUGCGAGCUCAUCCACGGACGCUGGGCCAUGCUCGCCACGCUCGGGGCCCUCACUGUCGAGUGGCUCACCGGUGUCACGUGGCAGGACGCCGGCAAGGUGGAGCUAGUAGAAGGGUCAUCAUACCUUGGGCAGCCACUUCCAUUCUCAAUCACCACUUUGAUUUGGAUCGAGGUUCUGCUCAUUGGGUACAUAGAGUUUCAGAGGAACGGAGAACUUGACCCAGAAAAAAGGUUGUACCCAGGUGGCAGCUUCUUCGAUCCUCUUGGUUUGGCCUCAGACCCAGAGAAGAAAGCCACUCUUCAAUUGGCAGAGAUCAAGCACGCUCGUCUGGCCAUGGUGGGCUUCUUGGGCUUUGCAGUCCAAGCUGCUGCCACUGGCAAGGGCCCACUUAACAACUGGGCUACCCACUUGAGUGACCCUCUUCACACAACCAUCAUUGACACCUUCUCAUCAUCCUCUUAA